UCCGGCGGGCGCGGAGGGAGCGCGGGCCGAGGCGGCGCGGCGGCCGCGGACUCUUUGCCCGCCAUGUCCACCCCGGCCCGGCGGCGGCUGAUGCGCGACUUCAAGAGAUUGCAAGAGGACCCUCCUGUGGGUGUCAGUGGUGCACCAUCCGAGAAUAAUAUAAUGCAGUGGAAUGCAGUUAUAUUUGGGCCAGAAGGGACACCUUUUGAAGAUGGUACUUUUAAACUAGUAAUAGAAUUCUCCGAAGAAUAUCCAAAUAAACCUCCAACUGUUAGGUUUCUAUCAAAAAUGUUCCAUCCAAAUGUAUAUGCGGAUGGCAGCAUAUGUUUAGAUAUUCUUCAGAACCGCUGGAGUCCAACAUAUGAUGUUUCAUCUAUUUUAACUUCAAUUCAGUCUCUGCUUGACGAACCCAAUCCAAACAGUCCAGCAAACAGUCAGGCAGCACAGCUUUACCAGGAGAACAAACGUGAAUAUGAGAAAAGAGUUUCAGCUAUUGUGGAACAAAGUUGGAAUGAUUCGUAACAGCUGCUGUGUUACUCUCCAUCCUCAUAAUCCUUAUGUACAAUUUAACUCUCAGUAGAAAGGCUACCAGAAAUUUCAAGUGCCACAGUUCUAUGAAUUUGCAUAAAACCUCAUUUGCAAACAAAAUUAAGCCCUCCAGUUUAGGAAAGCUAAAAGCUUGUGUAUCUCGAUUAACGUCCUUUUUAUUGCAUGGUAUGAACUAAGUUAUUGCUACAUAAAUUUGUAAUAUAUCCUGUUUGUAUUUUUUUUCCAAGUGUAUAAUGUUGGUGUGGAGUUUUCAUGACAGAAUAUACACAUUUUGUAAAUCUGUACUUUUUUCAAAUAUUGAAUGCCUUAUUUUUGAAUUCUUUAGAUUUUUAAAUUGGAGAAAAGCACUUAAAGUUUUUAUAUAUGAAUAUUUCAUGUAAAACUGUUAAAUACAUAACCUUAGUGCAAGACAUUCUGCUCUCACUCUGUAUCUGUUUCCAUUUUUAGUCCAUUUUUCCUUCAUCUAUGCUGAUGAUGCCAUGCACUUUACAAACAGGAAAGUUAAUCCAUGAUGUAACUAUCUCCACAGGAUGUCUCUGCUUCUGCACCAGAGCUUGGCUUGAUUCUGUGUGUCCUCAGUUGUAUGAGGAAGAGUUUUGGUAGCUGCUAAUGACAAAUGGGGAAACAGAUGUAACUAUUUUGCUCAAAGUCCCACUUUAAACCAGCAGGGGAGUUGGAAACACCACCUGGAUGAACGAGGCUUGGUGCUAAUGUAUUCUAAUAACUUUUAUUUUUCAGGGAGAUUGUAUUUUACCAAGUUGUAAAAUGUUGUCAUCUAAAUCUGUCCUAUAUUCACACACUGUAAUAUAGUUUUGAAUACCUUCCAGUAAUUAAAGAGGUGUCCCAUUAGUUUCCCUUGGGGGUGGGGAAAAAAUUAAUCACCAGCAGAAGAAAACAUGCCUGCAGAUUUAAUGGAGUUAUUCUUUGAGGCUUGGCUGUGCAUUGCCUGGUCAGGUCUCGUGUCUGUAUCACAGAGGUUCCACAUACUCCUAAACUGCUGGUUUUAAAGAAGUUUGGCUUUGCUUUUGGA